AUGGACUCUUCAAAGGACAUUGAGUCCUCAGAACAUGAACAUGUCUCGCCCGCAGACCACGAAGUAUGGGCGGACUCUGUCGCGUACGGCCCUGGUGGCAUGCGUGGUCUCUUCUCUAAUGGCUACGUCUUUGGAGCGGCAUUCUUAGCUUCUCUUGGUGGCUUCUCAUUUGGGUAUGACCAGGGUGUGAUAUCAAUCAUUAAUGUCAUGGACAACUUCCACAAGGCGUUCCCACAGGCUGAAACGGCAUUCGGCACCUCGUUCAUGACAUCCAUGCUAUUACUCGGUGCCUUCAUUGGUUGUUUCUUUAUGCCCUAUCUGUGUGAUAAGAUCUCGAGAAAAUGGGCUUUGACCGUGGUGGUUGUAAUAUUUGACGUUGGUGCCAUCAUCCAGACCUCUGCCCAGAGCUAUGGCGCAUUGGUUGCUGGUAGAGCAAUUGGUGGAGUCGGUGUAGGCACCCUGGCUAUGGCCGCUCCUCUAUACAUCUCUGAGAUCUCACCACCCGAGCUUCGAGGAACUCUCCUAGUUUUAGAGUCUAUUUCAAUUGUGUCGGGUGUCGUGAUUGCCUUCUGGAUCACAUAUGGCACCCAGUACCUUACCAGCGAAGCUUCAUUCCGUCUACCCUUUGCUCUGCAGAUGGUGUGUGCGACGAUCCUGGGUGUUGGUAUCCACUUCUUCCCAUACUCACCCCGUUGGCUUGCUCUGGUCGAUCGUCGCGAUGAAUGUCUGGUCAGCCUCAGCAAGCUGCGCAAGCUCCCGCCCACCGAUGACAGGGUGCAGGCCGAGUAUAAGGGUAUCAUUACCGAAGUCGAAUUCCAACGACUCGUCCUAGAGAAGAACCAUCCCGGCGUCACGGGCGUCCGCCUGGAAGUUCAAUCAUGGUUGGAAUUGUUCCGCCGUCGCAACUGGCAUCGCACAGCUGUCGGUUGCGGUGUCAUGUUCUUCCAGCAGUUCUCUGGGAUCAACGCGUUCAUCUAUUAUGCGCCAACUCUCUUCGAAAACCUAGGCCAGAAUGACCAUAUGAGUCUGAUCAUGUCAGGUAUUUUCAAUAUCUUACAGUUGGUCGCCGUCCUUGUCUGCUUUGUCAUCAUUGAUAAAGUCGGACGUAGGCCGCUUGCCAUCUUUGGUGCUGUUGGUAGCACGAUCUGCUAUGUUCUCAUUACCAUUCUCUCGGGGUUGUAUUCCCAAGAUUGGCCAGCUCAUCCAGCUGCCGGCUGGGCUACAGUGGCGAUGGCAUUCUGUUUCAUCCUGGUUUAUGGUGUGUCAUACUCACCACUUGGAUGGGCAAUCCCGUCCGAGGUAUUCAGCACUGCGACUAGAUCGAAAGGUGUCGCAUUAUCCGUGUGCGUGAACUGGUUGUGCAAUUUCAUUGUCGCCAUUGCCAUUCCGCCUAUGAUGGCGAACAAGGGCUACCAGACCUAUAUUUUCUUCACAGUGAUGUGCUUGUUGGCUGCCGUUUGGGCAGUCCUUUUAGUUCCAGAGACCAAAGGGAAAACCUUGGAGGAGAUGGAUGAAGUGUUUGGCGAUGUUCAAGGCCAGGAAGAACAAGUCCUUAUGCGACAAGCAAUGAUCUCGGUCAACCAGGAGACAGUUUAG